CACCACACAACUGGCCCCGUUCCAAUUAAAGAAGAGAGCUUAUGUUAUUGAAGAGCAGCUUAGCCAAUCAGGAGCCAGUGCAGGCAAAGACGGCAGAAAAAAAGCAGAGCGAGUGGGCAAGAGGAAGAAAAAAAAAAACUGCAGUGUGUGUAGUUUGUAUCCCUCCCCUGAGCAGAUCUUUAUCAAUUUGUGUACUCCAGUCUUGGGGUGCAUUUGAAUGUGUGUCUGUGUGUGUAUAUGUGGCAGAGUUUACAGGAGGACAGAGUAAAGUGUCUCGGCGCCUGUGGAGAAGGGGAAGAGCUCGGUGUCCUGAGGAGAGCAGCCUGCACAAAAGACUUUCUUUGGAAAAUGUCCUUGACACAGGCUUUUGAUUGACAAGAUUCUCACAGUGAUUAACCUACAUCCAGACACUUUUCAAGAAAUCAAGAUUUGGCUGGACUGUGUGUGCAGCCUAAAUGACGAAGUGGAACUUGUUCAGGGAUCAGACAACGCCCAUGGUCGCUGCUAACCCAACGGGGGCUAGUGCCUUGACUGUGACUCCAGCCCCUGUCGCAUUAGUCUCUACUGACAACUCCACCGAACCGGUCAACAAGAACGAUGCCUUCGACGAGAUCAAAAACAAGUUCCUGAAUGAAAUCGACAAGAUCCCACUGCCGUCCUGGGCCAUCAUUGCCAUUGCCGUGGUCGCUGCUUUACUCAUUCUAACAUGCUGCUUCUGCAUCAUCAAGAAAUGCUGUUGCAAGAAGAAGAAGAACAAGAAGGGCAAGAAGGGGAAGGGUGACAUGGGAAUGAAGAACCUGAAAGGGGGAGAGAAACAACAGGAUGAUGACGAUGAAGAAGAUGAUGUCGAGCCUGGACUGACUGGAGACGAGAAGGAGGAAGAAGUGAAGGAGAAAGAAAAGCUUGGGAAGUUGCAGUACUCCAUUGAUUAUGACUUCCAGGAGAACAAGCUGACUGUGGGAAUCCUGCAAGCAGCAGAUCUCCUCUCCAUGGACAGCGGUGGCACGUCUGACCCUUACGUCAAAGUCUUUGUCCUCCCUGACAAGAAGAAGAAGUACGACACAAAGGUUCACAAGAAAACGCUCAAUCCUGUCUUCAAUGAGACCUUCACGUUCAAGAUUCCAUUCCAAGAGAUGGGAGGGAAGUCUCUGGUAAUGUCAGUGUAUGACUUUGAUCGCUUCUCUAAACAUGAUGUCAUUGGAGAGAUUAAAAUACCCAUGAACACCCUUGACCUGGCAAAGCCAAUUGAAGAGUGGAGAGACUUGGACAGCGCAGAUCAAGAAGAGCCGGAGAAGCUGGGUGACAUUUGCAUCUCUCUGCGUUACGUCCCCACUGCUGGCAAACUUACCAUCUGUAUUCUGGAGGCCAAGAACCUGAAGAAAAUGGACGUGGGUGGACUGUCAGAUCCUUAUGUAAAAAUUAACCUGCUGCAGAAUGGAAAGAGGCUGAAGAAGAAGAAGACGACAGUGAAGAAGAACACGUUGAAUCCGUACUACAAUGAGUCCUUCAGCUUUGAGAUUCCUCUUGAGCAAAUGCAGAAAAUCGUAGCUGUGAUCACAGUGCUGGAUUAUGACAAGAUUGGCAAGAACGAUGCCAUUGGGAAGAUCUUGGUGGGAAGCAAGUCCACGGGGGCCGGGCUGAAACACUGGUCCGACAUGCUGGCCAACCCCCGCCGCCCUAUCGCCCAGUGGCAUCCACUGCAGCCAGAAGAGGAGGUGGAUGCCGCCCUUGCAGCCCUGAAUGCCAAGAAGUAAACACAUCAUCGCCCACCUCCACCUUACCUACCCAUGCAUUUCCCAUCCUUUCCCCAGGUCCCACAUAUCAUUGUAUAUUCCAGAAGAAAAGCCCAACUGUACAUCUGCUCCCUUUCCAAAAAAAUAAAUAAAAUACCCCACCCCUUCCUCCUUUCCCACUGCCACCUUUCAAAAGAUCCAUAGAUACCAUUUAACAUGAUGGGAAAUAUAGUUUAAAAGCAAGCAUCAUGUUAUAUGAAAAUCAUGUCAUUGAAAAAAGAAGACACGUUACUGGAUGGACAGAUACAUUGAUUUCCUUUAGAUCUAUUUUUGUAUUGGGGUUGUGGUUCCAUUAAUAAGAAUACACAGUAGAGUACAAAGAACAGUAGGAGUGCUAUAUGGGAAUAUGGUGAUAGAGGGGAUAAAACCUACAUUUACUCAUGUUGUACUUCUCACCCCUUCCCUUUAGUGACACAGUUAGCUUAGAAUAGUGCUUAAUAAUAAAAUGCUUUAUACUGCCAUAUGAUAGAGAAAUAACACAAGCAGGUCCAUUCCUUAGGUGUAUUGUGCACCAUGUUCCACACCUGCCAGUUAUCAUACUAGAUGAUUCUGUUAGUUUGACGUACAUUCCUAGAGUUGGGUAGCAUGUAGGGGUAGGCACAUAUCCAGUUACCCACAAACACACUGCCUUUUUUUGAUUAGUUAACCUUUCACCCAUCGUCUCAGGAAAACUGAGAGGAAACUGAAACUCCAUGCCUUUUUUUCUAAACGGGUUCUUAUUAUUCAAAUGCUCCACUUGAUGAGAAUGAAAUGUUGGAUUCAGAAGCUUGAGCGCUUGUUUUUCUCGGUGACGUAAGGCUCGCGACUAGUGAUAGUUUCGUUUAUCCAUGAAGUGGUACGUUAGGAAAGAGGGAGUGGUGGAUUUUUAGUAACAAAAAAAAGAGGGUAUGUGUCUAUUUUUGACUGUGCAAAAGGGCCGUGUCUGUCAUUUGAAUAACAAAAGGGAAGGAAAUAUCAGAGUGGGUACAACAGAGACCGAUUACAACCACCAAUGACAUGAUAUUUACAAGGUGUCGAUUACUGCCUGCAGUCCACCACCUCCCCUCCCAACGCCUCUGAUUCUGUAUCUCACUUGUUCAGUGCUACUGCCAUUAGUCAUGGACUUGACACAAGGGUUUUACUUCAAAGGAAUCCCUAUAACCGUCUUACAGUCAUAAAGGAGACAAGCCUUCAAAGUAACAAAAUAAGCAAUUUUCAACUACCAGGGACGCCUUCCAGUUAGCGGUGUUGUUCUCUUCAUUUAUUUAUUUAUUUAUUUAUUUAUUUCUAUCUCUUUUGACUUUUAUUUAUCCAGUUGUAUUUAUUUUAUUUAACUUAGAACACUUUUAUUCCUCAAGCACUUUAAAUCCAAAUGUUAUGUUUAAGUACCCUCAGAAAACCAGAGCUUUAAUGAUUUAUGUUAGUAAUGACUGCUGGUUUUAAGAAGGUAAAAAGGUGCAGUUUAUUUGUUGUUGCUUUGUUUUUGCUCAGCUUUUUGUCUGUGUUUUGAUUGUUUGAAUACUAGGUUUCUCACUUGAUUGCAAGGAUAUGGUCUGGAAAAAGGCACUGAUCCGUGUGUAUUUUAUACACAGCUUACCAAACUGUUGAAUUUAAUUGCACUACUGGGUAUGGUUCUGUUGUGUGGUGAUUUGACACUGUUCUUUGAUCUGUGUAGUUUUGUUUUCCUCUUUUAUGAUAACAUGUCGUGAGAUUGAAUUUUUCUUUGGCACAUGUGGCAUACCAGACAGGUUUCCUUAUAUAAAUGGACUCCUCUAAAAGAAAAGCUCCUUUGCAGAAUGUAAUUGGAUCAGGGUAGAUUACUAUUCUGUUGAAGAGAAAUUCUGAGGAUGAACUUUGACAAAAUCUAAACUGUCUGACCAACAAUCCUCUGCCCUGAAUAAGCUGUUGAAUGCUUAAUUGUUAAGUCAAACUGGGCCCAGGUACACCUGCUUGCAGGUCUAGUUAUUAGGUCAAAUCAGUGCUGUCUGCACCAACGGCAAAAAGUACCCGUCAACUGUGGGCAAAAAAAAAAGCAAAGUCAAUGUAAAUCAAAUGUAGACAGAACCACAGCACUCUGGGGAUUUAAUGAAUGUUCUUGUAACUUUCUCUGUUGGAAAUUGUAACGCAUUAUUUAUUUUUUUAUAACCAAAAUACACCUUGUUUAGUUUUCCUUUUUCCAUCUCACAUAAUCUUUUUCCUCUGUUGAUGAAGCAACACUAAAGAAAAGGCAACGUGGAAGCAAUCAAGCAACCCAUUGGUGUGUAGUUUUGCCUAUAUACAUAGUUCACGUUGAUACUGCAUGUUUAUACAAAAUACUGUACAUAGGAGCAUGUUUUAGAGACAAAGCAAAAAUAUCUCGUGUACGUAAGUGGGUGUCAUUUGUCAUUUUAAUAACACAAACGAAGGGGGGAAAAAAAAUGCACUGUAUAUUUUCUAAAUGAAACAAAUGUGUAUUUAUUUUCCAUGAGGCUCAUUGGAGAGAAUGUCAUACAAAUAUUAGAGUACCAUUACUAAUAAGAACCUUUCCACGCCUGAAACUCUUAAGCAAGUGUGUCGUCCAGUACUGUGUGUGAGUUCAUGUAGGAUGAAAAUGUAGCCGCAUGCUUGCUAUAUAAUUCCUUGUGAUCAAAAUUUUGAUUUAAUAUAAUUUAUCUGCCAUACAUUUUGUUUCGGCACUUAUCUGAAGGCCAAUCUUUGACAAUUUUUGGGAAUUUAAUGCUAUUGCUUAUUGCUUCUUCUUUUUUUUUUUAAACAAAACAAAAUACGUUUCAAUCUUUUCAUGUUUGGGAUGGGGGGGGGUCUCCAAGUCUUUAACAUGAAUAUUUUCUAAUAACCGAUUUGGCACUGUGUUAUUCUGAAAUAACUCAUUAGAGGAAGAUCCAAGCAUUCGGCCGAUAUGUAGGUGGAUUGUAGGAGUUGUUAUUUGUGCUAGUAGGGAAGUCUGUUGGAUCAAAUCUUUGUAUGAAAUGUAUUUCCAGGAGCCAAAAGAUGAAUAAUCCCAUUCCAGUGUACACCAGUGACUUGGAAUCCCUUCUUCCCUCCUUCUUUCUUCUUGGAAGUUUUUAUUUUUCACUUCUACAGUACUUAAAUGACCUGAAACCCUUCACGGCUGUGUCUCUUUUACUGUGUUUAUUAUACAAUACGUGUAUGUGUAUAAAAGAUAAGUGAAUAAGAUAAAACUAAAGCCAUAAAACUCAAGCACUAACUCUUUAGAGCUCAGCUGAGUAGAGUGUAUUUAUGAAGAAAAAAAAUCCGACAUGUCUUCAUUUUCCUUGGCCCGUGUUUCUCUCUUUUACAUUCCGUUCAGAGGUCUUUGUUCAUAAAGAGGGCAAAAUCCACUUUUCUGUACAUGUGAGCUUUGAGAACACUUGUGAGUUUAGUAGAGUGAGUGUGUCUUUUUCUACUUUCAGAGCUGUUGAUGUCCUUGUUUCAUAGAAGUAGCUGAUUUUACAGUAUUGUGAUUAGUAAUGUAUAUGCCUUGUUUUGAUAGUAUAAAUAAUACCGGUAGAUAUAACAUCACAAUAGGUUCUCCAUAAAAUUAUAUGCUAAAAUUAUAUAUAUAUAUAUACAGUAUAUAUAUACAUAUAUAUGAUGAUACAUGAGAGUGUGUUCUUGUCUUGGGCUGAGUGCAAUUUAUGAACCAAACUGGGUCACUUCUACAGUUUCUCUUCUUCCGGUGUAGCAGCAGAAUGGACUCGUGAUCACAUGUACAACCACGAACACACUGCCGGUGAUGUGCGGCUCAUGCUGAUGGUUUUUGGUGGUUUGUUUAGCAUAUUGCUCAAGCAACGGUAUAGUUAGAAGUCUUACCAUUUUAGAGCAGAAAGAGAGAAACUUGUGUGUGUCAUCCACGUUUCAGGCCUGAAUCCCUCCCAUAGAACUAUGCAUAGAGUUAUGAUUUUCACAAUACACACGACAGAAAUCAUAUGAAAAUAAUAUAGAAAUACAUAUUUCGUACACAGUAUGAGAUAAUGGGAGUAGUUUCAAAUUUGGCUUUCUUGCCAAGAAUCUUAUAUCUGUGCACUAAAUCUGAAGCUGGAAAGCUAGACGGUUAGCUUAGCAUACAGACUGGAAACGAGGAUGAGUAGCCUUGAUCUUCUCAUCUAACACUUGGCAAGAAGGCAAAUAUGCCUAUUUCCCCAAAACACUAAUCUUUUUAGGUUUACCUCAGUCAAAAGAAAUUUAUCUGAAGUAAAAUGUAAACUACCAUUUAUCUGUAUCCUGGCAACAAUCUUCAAUGUGCUGUGCAACGCCCACACGUUGCCUAAUGCAAUAUUAUAAUUAUUCGCUGUCCCUUUACUGUUGCUGACUGUGACCAAAUGAUGCACUGAGAACAAUUUCAAUACAGGAUUUCAGUGAGUUUCACAAAAUACUGCCAUUACCUGACUGCAGUUGCCUGCAUUCAUCAACACUGUUUGCAUCUACAAAGCCAAAAUAACCAUUCUUGCAGAGGCAAACAGAACACAUCAGAUGAUGAGGCAAAUGUGAUUCCAGGUCAAUUUAUAGCACAUUUGAAAGAUUUAUUUAUUUAUUUAAAUAUUUCAUUUUUCUGCUUGGGUCACCACAGUCACGUUAUAUCAAAGUUCUAUGGGGGACAGAGACUGGGAGCCAUGUGUGCUUGUGUAUAUGGGAUAAACAGAUGAAGUGUAGGCCCUUUAGCAGAUAUGGUGCAAAAACACGGCACUGGAAUAUAUAAAUACAGUAUACAGUACAGGUCUGCAUGCCUGGGACACAUAACUCAUUCUUAAAUGUACAUAUUUGUGUGUGUGUGUGUGUGUGUGUACGACCGUAAUACCCAAACAAUCUUUCGUUCUAUUUGAAAUAUGGGGGUUGUUCUGUUCUGUUGAUAGCCGUGUAGAUGUACAAUACCUUAUGCACAACUGCAUCUGAAACUUUGGGCUGUUUCAGCUCCGCAGAGACAGUUUUAGAGCACUGUUCACACUACUAGUUGUUCUUUUUUUUCCCUUCUUUUUUUGUUGAACAAACGCUGGGAUUUAAAAAGGGAAAACAUCCAAAGUUCAGUAGAUCAUUUACCACCCUGUCAAAAUGUGUUGAAAAGCCUCUCAGCGGGUAAAGACGCCACUUUGAAACAUGUUGUCUUGUCUCCUCUAUUACUCGCUGUAUUUCUUCUUUGUAUUCUUGUGCAUACGUGUAAUCACACCUUCUGUCUUUAUUUGUUUUGGUGAUGUAGACUGUAGAGUGUAGGACUGUAUUUUAAUCAAUGCCAGAAUCACAUUUGCUUUUUGUUUGUGUCUCUGUCCUGUUUAUGUGUAACCAGCUAUGUACCAUCAGUAUGAUUAUGCUGAAUGGGAAGCAGGCUCGUUGAAUUCUCCACUGAAUCUGCAUUUUGCUGAGCAUUAAGAAUGCCGGCCUUUAUGUUUACAACAUGGACAUACCGUAUACUGCCAAACAUGCAGGACCGUACCAAACUCCCCUCUUGAGCGCUUAGUCCUCCACCUCUCAUCCCCGAUGCAACUGUAUUCUCAAGACUUUUGUUUUUCACCUCUUUCUCUUCUCCGUCAUCUUUUGAAGCGUCGGAGGACAGUCAGGUUGUGUCCUCUAGCUGUGUUUCUACGUGUCUAGUGUCGUGGUGCGCGUGUUCAUGUCAGUACUUGUGCCUACUGUGGAUCGCAUGCUUUAGCCCUUGACUGGACACAAACGUUGCUCACAAACUCCUCUUGACCUUUAUGUGGAAAAACGUUGGGGAUCCUUAUAAAGUUAUCAAGGGAACCAAAUAACUUAUUACAAAUUUAUCAUAUGUGUUACCAGUUCUGUAAAAAACAAAUAGGAAAUAAAGGCCUUUUAAUUA